AUGGGGCUGUUUGAACGGCGAUCAUCCCACGCUGGCCUUGAAGACGUUGAGCGCACAGCAGCCCAUGAUCAUGACCGGCAACAACAGACCAGUUCUGAUGCGGGCUCUCAGACUCACGGCCAUCCCCGCGAUGAUCCGACAGAGGCUAGGCAUAGCGGGUCAAGCAGCACACACGCUUCGACUCAACCCACAACCUCGUCUUCUUCCGAGUCGAGCCUCUCGUUUGCAAAUAGGAUGCUGGCAUCCAAGCAUGGUCUGAAGCUAUCUGGUUAUAGGGGAGAACCGCAUCCAUCCCACCAUCAAAUACAUUUUAUGCCACAUUCAUCCAGCAACUCGAAAGCAUCUUCUGCGAAGACCUCUUCGAGUUCUCUCCAGGCCAUGAACGAAGAAUCCGUAUCCAAUGCGCCAACGGAACCGUCUAGCGGCCUACCUUACCGCCCUUCCCUAGCGAGAAGAUUGUCAUCACAACUCGAAUCGUCAUUCAGCCAACCUCUUACUCCGACGAUGCACCCUGUCAACACCUCUGCCGAUUUCCCCGUUUACCCUGACCAGUCAUACGCAGUCUUACAAUCGCAAGUUCAUCCACCUCCUUAUCAGCCCUCCCUUCGAGGCCGCAGUUCCUAUCCGUCACAGAGCGAGUAUCUCAAACAAUCUGACUAUUCUUCUCACGGUCCACGAACCGCGGGCAGUACUCCGGUCUCCAGCCCCGGCUUAUUUACAGGCCGUACUUUCCGUACAUCUCCUUCAGUCGGCUCUGAUGACGAACCAUACACAUUCAGCCCGUACCUCCACCCAACACAUCUUCAACCGCCCAAAGAAACUCACACCGCCGAAGUAGAACGCGACCACCACACCGGUAACAAGCUUAUCAAUGACUACGAAGUUCUCGAAGAGCUGGGACGAGGAGAACACGGAAAAGUGAAACUCGGCCGCCAUCUUCCCACCAAACAACCUGUUGCUAUCAAAAUUGUCCAGCGUUACUCUAAGCGCCGCCGUUUGGGAAAACUAGGAAACCCAGAAGAUAAGGUUAAGAAAGAAGUCGCCAUUCUCAAAAAAGCUCGGCAUCCAAAUGUGGUCAGUCUCCUGGAAGUUAUCGAUGACCCCAAUCGUCAAAAAGUGUACAUUGUAUUAGAAUAUGUCGAAAAUGGGGAGAUCAAAUGGCGAAAGAAGGGUGUCAAGGAGAUUGUGCAAAUGGACAGGCUGCGCAUUGAACGAGAGAAAAACGGCAUCCCAGAUUCAGCUUUUUUCGAGGAAGAAGGCCAACACUUCAUCCGCACCCUUCAGAGCCAACGGAAGCGCAGGGAGCGUGCGCGUGAAAGACACCGGGCACAAGCACAAAACAACCAUCGACACUUGAUUCCCGCCUGGAGUUUAGAGCAUGGCGGGGAAUCGGAUGAAGAGCUUGGGCCGGAUUUAACACUGUCACGGUCUGUCAGCCGCAAUGUCGGCCACCAUGACUCUGCAGACAACCACACAUCCUCACCAAGUCAAUCGUACAAUAGUUCAGCAUCGGAGUUUGAGCGUCACAUGCAUGAAUCAGUCUUAGCGGCAGUUGAGGGCAGUAUGUACGGCGCUUAUGCAUCUGAAUACCCACUGGAAAGACGAUAUAGCACAGCAUCCAGCGUGUUCGGCUAUUCGUCAUCGGAAACCGAUCAUUUCACCGAUGACGAUGAUCUAUCUUAUGUACCAUGUCUUACCAUCGAGCAAGCUCGUAAUGCUUUUCGAGACGCAGUGUUGGGCUUGGAAUACUUGCACUACCAGGGUAUCAUACAUCGCGAUAUUAAACCCGCAAAUCUGCUCGUCACGGCCAAAGGCCAAGUCAAGAUUUCCGACUUCGGAGUGUCUUAUUUAGGCCGCCCUAUCCGGGAUGAAGAAGAAGAGCAGGUUACCGAGACCGAUGCCACUGAACUGGACGAUGCCCGUGGAGAACUCUCCAAGACUGUCGGCACUCCGGCGUUCUAUGCACCCGAGCUUUGCUAUAGUGGUGAUGACUAUGUUGACGCUAAGGGCAAAGGCCCGAAAAUCACAGGCGCCAUCGAUAUUUGGUCUUUGGGCGUCACUCUGUACGGCAUGAUUUUCGGUCGCCUUCCUUUUGUUUCGGAUGACGAAUACAGUCUAUUUCAGUCGAUUGGCAAGAAUGAGCUAUUCAUUCCAAAGAAGCGCCUGAAGCCGGUCGAAAUGGACUUUAACAAGACUGAUGCCGAUCUGCGUCAUGGUGUGAUGAAUAGCAACAAACGACUUGACGAUGAAUUCGUGUAUGAGGACAUCGACCCCAAGCUGGAUGAUCUUUUGCGGCGCCUCCUAGCAAAGGAUCCUCAAAACCGUAUCACUAUCAAAGGGAUCAAGACUCAUGAAUGGGUCCUACAAGAUUUGAAAGAAGAUCCCGCCGACUGGGUGCAAAAGACUGACCCGCAGAGCAAAGGCAAUCGGAUUGAAGUAUCGAACGAAGAAGUCACAAGUGCAGUCAGCAAAGUUCCAUUUGUUGAUCGUGUUCGAUCACAGAUGGCCAAGUGGUUUGUUGGCCGCCGUGAAGGACGGAGUCAUAGUAAGCGGACAGCAAGCGCAACCGGAUCUUCGGCUGAUUCAGUUGCGUCUUCGAAAGAAAUCACUGGUGCCGGUAGUAGUCGUCGAGCUAGCUUACGGGGAGACGAGGAUAUUCCCCGCCCCCUUAGGGCUGCGCGGGAGUCAGAGCACCCGCUUUCUCAAAGCGUGACUGCUAGUCCUGACGAUACCCCGGAGCAGUCUUCGUACUUUGAAAAAGACCGCAAUCAGGAUACGGAGUCUCUCACGGAUCAUACCCCUCGGCCUCAUCCUUCGGACCGUAUACCGUCGAUUAUGUCAACCACGGCCUCAACAAAAACAGUUAAAGCAAUGCCGCCAACAAAAGAAUUGGUAUCAGAUGUUACUUCUGAUAUUCCAAACUCGCAGAGUACUCCGGCGUCACCCCGUGUGAGCGGGAUCUUCACGGGGGCUGGCCCUCGCGCGGACAAGAGAUUGUCCGGUGAUGUCGAACAACAACGUGAUGAGCGGUUGCGAUUCAUUGAUAGUGCUCGGAGUGAAAUAAAUGCUCAUUCUGAACCGAGUUUAGCUUGGAGUACUGCUUCUGCUACCGGGCGUGUUCAGACUCCAGCCCUAUGGAACGAGCAGAAUCGGCCCCAUAGUCAAGGAAAUGACUCUGCGACAACUUCACCAUCAAUGGGACAUCGCCGUAUUCGAUCUGAACAAGUUACUCCUGAGGUAUCUGAUCAGUACUUUCGAACCGCCAAAGAAGCAUUGCUACAUCAGGCUGCAGAGCACCCCCCGUCUGAAGAGGAGCUUGCAAGUGACGCUUUACAUGAUAAUGGGAAUGGUGCUUCGGGGGAAGCAAGUCCGAUGGGAUCCACAAAUCAACUUUCAUCUGAAAGUGGUCUGAUGACUUCACCACCGUCGGCCGCCACUAUCUCGACGAUGUCAGUUGAUGAGUGUGCAAGUGAAAUGUCCCAAAGCGUGUCACAUCCAAGCUUGCCGUCUAUUGUCUCGGGUGCCUCAUCCUUCUCUGGCGAUUAUCUUCACACACAUUUGGAAGAGAGAGAAAAGGAGCAGGAUGCUACUCCUUAUGUCUCUCCUAUACUUCGGACUGGCGAUACAAUCACGCCUAGGAACUCUAAAGUUCAGCACUACGCUGUUAAAGACGUGGCAUACCACCACGGUUGCGAUGACGAAGACAUUGAAUCGGAAGAUGAAGGAAUCGUCUUUGGAAAAAAGAGACCUUCAGCAUGA